AUGGAGCUCUACAGUCCUCCCAGUAAUGUGACUGAAUUUGUUCUCCUGGGUCUCACACAGAAUCCACGCUUGCAAAACAUACUGUUCAUUGUCUUCUUGUUUGUUUUCCUAUUUACCGUGUUGGCGAAUCUGCUCAUUGUCCUCACCAUCUCCUUCAGCCCCACGCUUUCAGCUCCAAUGUACUUCUUUCUCACUUACUUGUCCUUUAUAGAUGCCUUCUACACUUCUGUUACCACCCCCAAAAUGAUUAUUGACCUCCUCUACCAGAGGAGGACAAUAUCCUUGGCUGGAUGUCUGACUCAGCUCUUUGUGGAGCAUUUCCUGGGAGGAUCAGAGAUUAUCCUCCUCAUUGUUAUGGCCUAUGACCGCUACGUGGCCAUAUGCAAACCUCUGCAUUAUAUGACCAUUAUGCGUCAAGGCCUCUGCAGACUCCUGGUGGUUGUAGCCUGGAUUGGAGGGAUCUUACAUGCCACCAUGCAAAUAUUUUUUAUGAUUAAUCUGCCCUUCUGUGGCCCCAAUGUCAUUGACCACUUCAUGUGUGAUCUCUUCCCAUUGUUGAAACUUGCCUGCAGAGACACACAUAAGCUGGGCAUCAUAGUGGCCGCCAACAGUGGGGCUAUGUGCUUUCUCAUCUUUACCAUGCUUCUCAUCUCAUACAUAGUUAUCCUGCGAUCCUUGAAGUCUCAUAGUUCUGAAGGGAGACGCAAAGCUCUUUCCACGUGUGGCUCUCAUUUCACUGUGGUGGUUCUCUUCUUUGUCCCUUGCAUAUUUACUUACAUGCGCCCUGUGACUACCUACCCAGUGGACAAGCUGGUGACUGUGUUUUUUGCAAUUCUCACUCCCAUGUUAAAUCCCAUCAUUUACACAGCAAGAAACACGGAGGUGAAGAACGCUAUUAAGAAUCUACUGAAGAGGCAAGUCACUUACCCUGUCCUAAAAUGA